GGAGGAUCUGGUGGGGGGGAGGUGGGUAUCCUCAUCUCUGGAGGGAGGAUGGAGGGGGCUGUGGGUUGUGUGCGUGUCAUCAGAAAAGGAGGAAUUGUGACGGAUGGGAUAGAUAGUGAGUUGAGGAGACGAAUGCUGGGAUGAGUGGUUGCUGCCAGGAGAGCGAGAGCUCAUGGGAAAGUUUACCUCCAUUUGGCAGAUGUUGUCUGUGUUGGUUUUAUCGCAUGAAGUAGACUUAGCAAAUGCAUUUGCUCUGGGUUGGUCUGGUGUCGGAGUAAAAAAACUUGGGAAUAUGGGGUUGAGGUAUCAACUUCUCAGGCUUUGCUACAUGAUUAGAACAAGCGAUUGCGUCCUGUCUGGUAUCUUUCUUCCCACCGAGGUGAGGGGAGGUAUCCCAUGAAACCAUAUCUGCUGAUACGCAAACCCCAGGCUC